AUGUCCAAGUCCAAGGCCCCCCUCUUCCUCGGUCUCACUGCCGCCGGUGGUGUCGGUUACUACCUCUACAGCGCGGGCGGCAACCCCAACGCUGCCGAGAAGAAGUUUGAGAGCGACGUCCACAAGGCUUCUGCCGAGAUCAAGUCACACAUCCCUGGCCGCACUCCAGACGCCCAGAAGGGCUUUGGCGAUGCCGGUGCCCGCGCCGGCGCCAGAAUCGACUCUGCUGCUGCUGAGGCAGACAAGCAGUUCUCCUCUGCAAAGAGCACCGCCGAGGCCUACGCCAAGGAUGCUAAGGCUGAAGCCCUGAAGAAGAUUGACCAGUUCGACAAGAAGGUCGAGGAUGGCACUGCCAAGGCCAAGAGCGGCGUCUCCAGCUGGUUUGGCGGAAAAUAA